AUGGAUAUCGAUCUAAGCAGGAGGAACAAAAAGCCCCGCCUUCUGUUGGAAUCUGAAAGAGAGAGACUUGAGGAAUUCAUUGAUUCUAUACACUACUCAGCGAGAUAUUCUGAUGACCAGUUUGAGUACCGACAUGUUCAGCUUCCCAAAAACAUGCUGAAGAAGAUUCCCGCCGACUAUUUCGAUAGCUCAAAAGGAACGCUGAAAUUGCUAUGGGAGGAAGAAUGGAGGGCACUCGGUAUCACUCAGAGUCUGGGGUGGGAACAUUACGAGGUCCAUGAGCCAGAGCCACAUAUCCUCCUUUUCAAGUAA